AUGAGCGCAAAACAAGAUGAGCUACUGCUACGAACACCGAUGGCUGAAAGAACGAGGCAAACAGACAUUAAUGCUAUGAUUUCAGACAUCGAUUCUGAUGCUAAACAAAGAAGUAAGGUUGAAAAGAAGAAUGCUGCCAAGAUUGUGCUCGAUCUUUCACCGCGAUCACUUGUGGAUGACUUUCAGCUCACCAACAAAAGGCGACGAGUCUCUUUCGAAUCCUAUCCAAUCAGUGUCUCCGCACUUCUUGACGAGUCCAGCCCAAGCACUCCCGUCAGACUUGGUAUCCGAUGCAUCAAACUUGGUUUCCGCCAUCGAAAUGAUCUUCGCAUUGCUGACAGCUACAGCAUCUCGUCUCCAAGCAGGAUUCCCCUUUUAUCAUUGGAAGACUGA